AGUUGUGACAUUUGCUCGCAUUGGAUUUGUGGGCGGAACUAAGGCGGGACGAAAGUCUUUAAAAUGGACAUAGGCUGCAGGAAGUCGAGCUGUUGGUUGCCCAAAAGGAAAAGGGGGAAAACCAUCUAGAUUUUGCGUCUCUGAAAUAUCACGCUCACUGGGGGAAGAAAACAAAAUAGGCUGGACAUGGCACACAACUCAACAAACAAUGUACAGAUAUUCAACAAACCCAGGGUGGAGCUUCAUCUUCAUCUUGAUGGGGCUAUAAAACCUGAGACAAUUUUAUACUUUGGCAAAAAACGAGGUAUCGAAUUGCCGGCAGACUCGGUAGAAGGGCUUAUGGAAUACAUUGGAUAUGAUGAACCCCGCAACCUCACUCAAUUUCUUGAAAUAUUUAGCUACUACAUGCCAGCUAUUGCUGGAGACAGAGAUGCUGUGAAAAGAGUAGCCUAUGAGCUUGUGGAAAUGAAAGCAAAAGAGGGUGUUAUAUAUUUUGAAGCAAGAUACUGUCCUCAUUUGUUUGCCAAUUCCAAUGUUAUUCCCAUUCCUUGGAACCAAAAGCCAGGGGACCUGACUCCGGACGAAGUGGUUCAUCUUGUCAACCAGGGUUUCCAGGAAGGAGAAAAGCAUUUUAAAAUCAAAGCAAGAUCCAUUCUAUGCUGCAUGCGCCAUAUGCCAGAAUGGUCUGCUGAAAUUGUGAGCCUGUGUAAGAAAUAUCGCAAUGAAGGUGUUGUGGGUAUGGACUUGGCAGGUGAUGAGUCUUUAAACUGUAAAAUCAACUCAGGCCAUUGCAAUGCCUAUGAGGAGGCUUUUAAAAGUGGCAUCCACCGAACUGUCCAUGCAGGUGAAGUUGGACCCUCUACAGUGGUCAAAGAGGCUGUCAAUGUUUUGAAGGCUGAACGAAUUGGACAUGGGUAUCACACAAUCGAUGAUUCUUGUCUCUACGAGCAUUUGUUAAAAAAGAAGAUACAUUUUGAGAUAUGCCUCUGGUCCAGCUAUCUCACUGGAGCUUGUGACCCAGAUUUAAUGAAGCAUCCAGCUAUUAGAUUUAGAGAGGACAAAGCAAAUUAUUCUCUGAAUACUGAUGAUCCAUUGAUAUUCAAAUCUACACUAGAUAAGGAUUAUUGUAUUGCCUCAAAAUACAUGGGUUUCACAGAAGAUGAUUUCAUGGAAGCGAAUAUAAAUGCAGCUAGAUCCUGCUUUCUCCCUGAUAAAGAAAAAGAAGAACUUCUGUUGACACUAUAUGACGCUUAUGGAAUGGUACAGAGCACUGUGUGUUAAACAGCUACUGACAAAUAAUCCAUACAAAUAGGAAAUUAGUCUUCGAAGUGACUGUGUAAUACAUAUAAUUACAGACAGAAAAUUGAAAUUGUUUGUGAAUGUCAUUAAUAACUGUUCAAUUUAUGACCAUUGCAUAAUACAACUCUCUUUGUGACCUUAUGAGGAGAAUGCAAUACAGCCUAAAUUGACUUCAUGAUUUCAAUAAUUUUCAAGCUCUUUCCAAGCAAAAAUGUGACUCCAUCUUGUUUAUGAUGUCCAAAAUUAUUCAGGUAAUACUUUUAGAGAAUUAUUUAAGAUGCACAGAACAUUGCUUCAUAAAGUUCUGCUUUCAUGUAGAACAUAUCAUUUAGUCUGGUACCUCAUUUACAAAUAUCCCAAAGAAUAACUAAACCAUAGGUAAUAAAAGAUUUUUGAUGCGCCUGGUUUGUUCAGUUACCUUAGUUAGCUGUGGUGGCACAACCAGGAUUGUGGGCAAAUUCCAAUAUAUGGGAUACCGACUUAGACACUAGAUUUCAUAUCAAUAGGCAUCACAUAAUUAUAUCAUUUCGCUGAUGCAAUGUACGUGAAGAGAAAUUGUUUCUUCGGUUUAAUAUCCAUGGAAUGUGAUUGGGAAAAGAGAAGCUGGGAGGCUUGAUCAUUUCUGUCAGAGGACACAGUUGUUCUCUCAGACUGAAUGCACAUUAUUGGUGGAUAUUUGGAAUUAUAUUGAUGCUCUAUGAUCAGCAAUUGUUGAAUGAAAUUUCAUUUACAAUCUUUGACUUCAAAGUGAUUAGUUUGUUGUUAUUAGGAAGUGAAGUCAACCAAUUUUCAGUAAAGGAAGACCAAAAGCAGACCUUCCAGACAAUUUGGUGGUGUUAUUUCAACCUUGAUCUGGAUCUUCCAUCAAAUAAAUACUUGGGUACUUAAAAUUUAUUGUGUAAGUGUGGUCAGUAUAUUCACAUUUUGCUAUAAGAACUAAAUUUGAACUAUUUCUCUCCUGUUAACGUGCUUAGUAUAUGUAACUGUACAGGUAAUCUAUUGAAGCAUUUACAAUAUAUUUUUUGUUUAUCUCAUAUUCAUCAAUGAAUGUUCUUUUAUACUAUACUAGCAGCUAUGAUAAAUAUGAGCUUUUUGACAUCUACCAUUAGUUAUUUCCUCAACUUUUUUGGAGCCAAAGUCUAAAGGUUCAAAAUCCACCUGGUUCACUGUUAUCCUUUAGGAAAGGAAAUUGCCAUCUUUACCUGAUCUGCCUAUAUGUGACUCCACAUCCAUGGCAGUGUGGUUGACUCUUAACUGCCUUCUGAAAUGGCCUAGCUAGCCACUAAGUUCCAGGCCAAAUAAGGAUGGGCAACAAAAGCUGGCCUUGACAGUAAUGCCCACAAUCCCAUGAAAGGAUACAGAAAGAAAUCUGUGAACAUUUUAGUUGCAUCAUCCUUGCUCUGGUCUUCACAUGACAAAACUCGUCAAUAACACUUCUUCAAUGUAGAAAUGAUUAAGUUACCAUUGCCUCUGUGUUUAACUUUCUUAGAAGGCUUAGUAAUGAAGCAUUUUGCACAGCCAUUUUUUUGAGCGAAACACUGCUGAUGUUUACUCACAGCUCCUCAAAUUACACCAGCAAUGUAUAUUGCUGAAAGUUCUUUUUUCAAAAGUUUAUGGGAACAGUUCAAGAUUGAUGUCCUUUAUUAAAUGUGAGGAAGGAAGCAUUGCAUAUGCCUUUUAUAAUUCAUUCCUCUACGAAGUGCAGCUAAUGUAUAUUUACAGAUUUCACAUGUACCAAGGCUUUUUUUAAAUAUAUGACUUCGCAAAAGGUACAAAAACAUUUUGGAAUAGAGACUUUUCCAAACUCUAUUUCAAACUAUUCAUGAGUUACAGUGGUGUUCAUCGAAAUGUUUAUCUCUACACUAUGUAAAUUAGACUGAUCUACAACUACAGAGCGUGGCUACCAAUUCAAUAAAUGACAUUCCUCUACAGAAAACUCAUUCAAAAGAACUUGAUUAAUAUUUUGACCAGAGAUGCUCUGAUUUUAGAAAUCAACUUGAUGUGUGAAGAUGUCUUAUAA